CUGCGGAAGUCUGGCGCGAGUGGUUUUUCUUUUAAUAAAAACUUUUUUCAAGUCUUUGAUUUUAGCCAUUUUUGCGGAGUUUGCAGUGCUCCUUACCCCUUUCCAUCCUUUCUCCCUCUGGAAUUCUUUUUCUCGUCAACAAUAAACAUUUUUUACCAUCAACGGAGCAGACCGGGUAUGAACGUUUUGUAAUUGAAAGUGUAACUGUUUAAAACCACGUCGAGAUAGUAGUCAAGAUGGACAAAAAGUCCUUUGAAACGGUGCUGGAUGAAAUUAGAAAGGCUGUUUUGACAGAGUACAAAUUAAAAGCAAUUGAAUAUGUACAUGGAUACUUCUCUAGUGAUCAGGUGGUUGAUUUACUGAGAUACUUCUCCUGGGCUGAGCCUCAGUUGAAGGCAAUGAAAGCAUUACAACAUAAAAUGGUGGCUGUUCAUCCAGCAGAAGUGGUCAAUAUACUCAACUGCUUCACCUUCAGUAAAGACAAACUAGUUGCUCUUGAACUGUUAGCUUCAAACAUUGUUGACGCACAGAAUUCUCGUCCCAUUGAAGAUUUAUUCAGGAUAAAUAUGUCUGAGAAGAAACGGUGUAAGAGAGUUCUUGAACAGGCUUUCAAGGGAGGCUGCAAAGCUCCUCACGCUAUGAUAUCUUCUUGUGGAACGAUUCCAGGAAAUCCAUAUCCCAAAGGAAAGCCUAGUCGCAUAAAUGGAAUUUUCCCAGGAACCCCUUUGAAAAAAGAUGGUGAAGAAUGUACCAAUGAAGGCAAAGGAAUAGCUGCACGGAUUCUUGGACCAUCCAAACCACCUCCUUCGACGUACAAUCCACAUAAACCUGUUCCUUAUCCCAUCCCUCCGUGCCGGCCACAUGCAACUGUUGCACCAAGUGCUUAUAACAAUGCAGGUCUGGUACCAUUAGCCAAUGUCAUAGCUCCAGGUGUCCCUCCUCCACCACCAUACACUCCUAAUCCAGUAGGAACAGAAAAUGAAGACCUUUCCUAUCAGUCAAAACCUACACAGAACCAAACGUUUUCCAUCCCAGCCAGUCAGCUCUUUUCUCCUCAUGGUUCUAAUCCUUCCAUUCCUGCUGCAACCCCUGCCCCUACUGCGUCACCCAUCAAGGCCGUGAAUCAUCUGUCAGCAUCAGCAGCCACCGGCGCUCCUGGGACCAACACGCCCAGCACCGUUCUUCCCGUCUUCCCAGGGCAGGUCUCCUCAGCCCUUCAUACGUCCCAGCCGUCGGCACCAAAUCCAACAGUCAUCAGAACCCCUUCCUUGCCUACUGCACCUGUUACUUCCGUUCACAGCACAACAUCUGCUCCCGUUCCUUCAGUUUUUUCUGGUCUCGUUCCUCUGCCAGGCCCUUCUGCUGCUCCUCCCCCAGCUGCUCAGUCUACGUCUACCCCUCGGGCCGCCCCUGCUUCCAGUGAAACAUUCGCUUCUACUUCUGCCCCUUUCUCUAGCCUCCCCUUUUCUGCCACCUCUACUGCUGCUUCUACCAACACCCCGAAUUCGGCUUCACUGGCGUCGGUGUUUGCAGGUCUCCCCUUAACACCAGCAUCCCAAGGGGUAUCCACCCCAACUCCUGUAAUUGCUGGUGGUUCUGCUUCCGGUGCUGCCGGCCCACUGGGCGUCGGUAAUCCUCUUCUAUCUGCUUUAAAAGGCUUCCUGACGGCAAGCGAUACCGGCUUAAUCAGCUCUUCUGCUUUAUCCUCCGCUGUUACAAGCGGGCUGGCUUCCUUAUCGUCUCUUGCUAAUCAGAACUCAGAUGCUCCUGCUUCAGCCUCCGGCAAGUGCUACGCCCCCUCUGCCAUCCCCACCCCGCAGAGGCCGUCCACUCCAGGGCUGGCCCUGUUCCCGGGCCUUCCAUCGCCUGUGGCCAGCUCCACGUCCGCUCCCCCUGCUGUGCCCGUGCAGUCUCCCUUAGCUGUGCCCACGUCGUCUGCCACUUCAGUGCCCCCCAGCUGUGGCGCCUCAGCUUCCCUUUUGCACGGCCCUCACCCUGGUAACUCAGAUGUGCGUAUUUUGUCUAGCCCUGCUGUAACGACUCUUCCUGUCACGAUCAAAACUGAGCCCACAAGUCCUACUCCCUCGGCCUUCAAAGGCCCAUCUCAUUCCGCUAAUCCCUCUCAUGGCGCGUCAGCCUUGUCGGGGACCGUGGGCCGAGCGUACACGUCACCGUCGGUGCCCAUCAGUCUGUCUACUUGCCUUAACACUGCAUUGUCAGGUCUCUCUAGUCUGAGUGCUCCCUUGAAUGCUUCUAUUUCCCUCCCCCCCAACGGCUCCGCCACUCCCAUCGCUCCAGUAUUCACUGCUCUUCCUCCUUUUACUUCUCUGACUGGUAAUUUUCCUGUAACUGGCAACCCCUCUCUUAACCCGUCAGUGUCUCUUCCGGGCUCCUUAGUAGCCACCUCGUCUCCGACGGCCACCUCCUCCUCUCUCCCUCACCCUGCUUCCACAGCAGCGCUUCUCUCAGGGCUUUCUGCCUCUGCCCCCGUCUCGGUAGCCCCUUUUGCCCUCAACUUGUCCACUGCUGUCCCCUCCCUUUUCUCAGUUACGCAAGGACCUCUGCCGUCCUCAAAUUCGUCGUACCCUGGCUUCUCUGUCUCUAAUGCCCCCAGCGUUACCCCUGCUCCCCCAUCCUUCCCAGGGCUGCAGGCGCCCUCCACAGUGGCAGCUGUCACCCCGCUGCCUGUCGCUGCAACAGCCCCGUCACCUGCCCCAGUCCUCCCAGGAUUUGCGUCAGCGUUUAGUUCCAACUUCAACUCCGCUCUGGUUGCACAAGCCGGAUUAUCAUCUGGGCUUCAAGCUGCAGGUGGCUCUGUUUUUCCGGGCCUUUUGUCCCUCCCAGGUAUCCCAGGGUUUUCCCAGAAUCCUUCACAGUCCUCUUUGCAAGAACUACAGCAUAAUGCAGCUGCACAGUCAGCAUUGUUACAGCAGGUCCAUUCAGCUUCGGCUCUGGAGAGCUAUCCAGCUCAACCUGAUGGGUUUCCUAGUUACCCUUCAACGCCAGGAACACCAUUUGCUUUGCAACCAGGCCUCUCCCAGAGUGGGUGGCAGUGAAUAGAUUUUCAUUUCUCUUCUCCUUUGGAGCAGCAUCAGAAUUGCCUGAGGACUGCAGUGAACAAUCUGACCAAUGUGAAGCUGGAAAGAGUCCCACAGUGAGAAUGAGGGUAGUUGUGAGAAGAGUUUGAAAAUCAUGGUUGCAUUUUUUUCACAGUUUUAAGUGUGAGUGCCCCCCUAUGUAAAUAUACUGACAACAGACUCUGUGGAGAAUAGGACUCAAAAAGCACUUGGGGACUUGUCACCUGCCAUCCUCUGAGGUCUUGAAUUGUGUAUGUGAGCUGCUUAGAGAGAACAUGAAAGAGGUUGAACUCUAUAGCCGAAUACAGCCUUAAACCUGCUUGUGUGGUGUCUGCUGACAGAAGUGAUAGAUGUGCCUCAGACUGACGGGUCGCAUGUGGCCCCGGGGGAGUAGCUGCCCUUGGCGUGCACGAGUAGUCCCCAGGAGUACAGUGGGGACUCUGCCCCAUGUGUGUCUGCAAAGGGGAACUCGAGACCCACAGGUAUUUUUAAUUUAUGAUAUUAAUGAUCAUACAUGUACUGCUGAAUUUAACUCAAUAUAUUUCAGGUAAGUGAAAAUGGUGCUUAAUGUAGUCUUUAGAAUGACUUUCAGGUGUUUUCACUAAAACUGCACACCCAGAACUACUUUCUUACAGAAAUACAAGUAAGGCUUAUGGUACAUGAUUUGCCUUCAAAACAUAUUAUUUAAUGUCAGCAGUAUCCAAAUGAAUGAGGAACAUUUGACUGACUCUUCCAAAACCAAACCAAACCCACUGCUGUGGAGUGGAUUCUGACUCAUAGUGACUGACCCUACAGGACGGUAGAACUGCCCCAUAGGGUUUCCAAGGCUGUAAUCUUCACAGAAGCAGACUGCCACACCUUUCUCCCACAGAGCAGCUGGCGGGUUUGUACUGCUGACCUUUCGGUUAGCAGCCGAGCGCUUAACUCACUGUGCCACCAGGCUUGCUCACUGACUCUUAGGCCACCUCUGUUACACGUUGUGCUCUGGAAGCUCUUGGUGAAUGUUUACAAUCAUGGGAUGUAGUACUUGUAUUUAAAGUAAAAUGCUCAUCUAAAGUAAUUGUGACAGCAAAUAGAGAAGACUUGCUCUGUUAGUAAACAUGCAGCGUGCACUCUGUUGAAGGACUGUGGUAGGAGGAUGUGACUGAAUGUCAGCUAUUUAAAAAGAGUAACUGUGCCACGUUUGGGGAAGAAGAGACGAGAACGAUACCCGAUCCUGUGAUUAAAAGUGGAAACCAUAGAGUCUACUGUAGUGCAUUUCAGCAUUUAGAAGUUUUACUUUUAUAAAGAUGGUGUCUGGAAGAUGUUGCUAAUGUAUUUUCCUUGAACAAACUUUUUAAAUAUAUUAAUAAAUAUUCCUGUAUGAUUAGUUUUUAACAGUUUUUUAAAAUAAACUUUAUGGAUAUGACAACUAUUUUAUAAGUGUUUUUAUUAACUACUUAGAUAGGCUUUUUAAUUUUUUUGUCUGUGCUGGAGCUAAUGUACAGGCAGUCCCCUGGUUACGAAUGGCCCUUAUGAACAAUUGUCCUUGCCCUUUAAUAUUACGUUAAUUGGCCCUCACUUUGAAAGGUUUGAACCAACCCCUGCUCACAACAAACUCAUCAUCACAGUCACCUUCACUCGCUGCACGUGCAACUUUUAAAUCACUGACAAGGCUUCCAGCCUUUCCUUGCACUGAAGUCAGGCUAAAUAAGAACCGUAGGCACCUGCUCUGCCUUACCUACUUACUUACAAAUUCAACUGAAAGACACAGCUAGGAACAGAUCUCGUUCAUAACCUGGGGACUGCCUGUAUAGAAAAUUUUUGUUCAAAGCUUACAUUCCUAAGACUUUUUAAAGAUACAUUGUGUUCCUUAUAUAUGUCAGCCAUUCAGUCAGAAAGAAUUUACUGAGGAAUCUUUAUACAGUGUGAUGCUGCUGAGGUCUGUGUCUGUUCUAUAUAUAAGCCCCUUGAGAAGAGGAACUCUUCAUCCUUUAGAUGUAUUCUUGGCAUCUGACAUACAUUGGGCACUUAAAGGCUUACAUGAAAGUGAAGAGAACUUUUUUGGCAUACUUGUGAUAAUUACUGGGGACUGGUUUUAUGUAUCUAUCUCACAAUAACCCUGAGAUAAACACGAGUAACCUCAUUAACUAGAUGAAGCCAAAAUGCAAGCUCACACAAUGAGUAAGUGGUAUAUUUGAACCAAGCACUAAUUCCAUACCAGGCUGUUUGUACCACCACAUACUAUAAGAACAUGUGGGAGGGGAGUGAGUACCUUACUGCCUGAGGGAGUCAGUAAGCUUUUCAUUGACACCAAAGUCUUAAAGGACGAGUAACAAUAUCUUCUAGGUUGAGCAGUGGUUAGGAGCUUGGCUGCUAACCAAAAC